AUGCCUACCAUCACCGUGGACAAGGCUGCCCUCUUCAAGGCCCUGGGAAGAGACUACACCACCGAGGAGUUCGACGAGCUGUGUUUCGACUUCGGCAUUGAGCUCGACGAGGACACCUCGCUCACAGAACGACCGGUUGUCAAUGGCAAGCAAGAACCUCCGCAAUUGAAGAUCGAAAUCCCCGCCAACCGAUAUGACAUGCUCUGCUUCGAGGGUAUACAACUCAUGCUCAACAUCUUCAAUCGCAAGAUCACUGCGCCUCAGUAUGUGCUGAAGGCACCGCCCAAUGGCGAACUGCAGACAAUCACAGUGAGCCCAGAAUGCGACCGGAUACGACCGUAUGUCUCGGGGGCCAUUCUACGGAAUAUCAAAUUCGACCAGGCGAGGUACGAGUCCUUCAUUGACCUACAGGACAAGCUGCACCAAAAUCUGGCCCGCCAAAGAACGCUCGUGUCGAUUGGAACCCACGAUCUCGACUCCAUCCAAGGCCCCUUCACCUAUGAAGCGCUCCCCCCGAAGGACAUCAAAUUCGCGCCACUAAACCAAACACAAGAAAUGGACGGGGCUCGACUGAUGCAAUUCUACGAAAAAGACAAGCAUCUCGGCCGGUAUCUGCACAUUAUCAGAGACUCGCCAGUCUACCCUGUCAUCUACGACUCCAAUCGCAAUGUUUGCUCUUUGCCACCCAUCAUCAAUGGUGACCUUAGCAAGAUCACCCUUGAUACCAAGAAUGUAUUCAUGGAAGUCACCGCCACAGAUAAGACGAAGCUAGAAAUCGUCGUCAACAUCAUGGUGACCAUGUUCUCGCAAUAUACAGCAGAACAGUUCACCGUCGAACCCAUCCAGAUCAUUUCCGACCAUAACGGUCAGUCGAGACAAGUGCCCGACCUCACGCCUCGCUCGACAGUUGCAGAGGUAGAUUACAUCAAUGCUUGCACCGGUGUUGACCUCUCACCUCAGGAAAUUUGUACUCUUCUCAACCGCAUGUCACAUGUUGCCCGACCCUCGAAAUCGGACAAGAAUCUCCUUGACGUGGACGUUCCAGUCACACGAGCCGAUGUUCUUCAUCAAGCGGAUAUCAUGGAAGAUGUGUGUAUUGGCUAUGGCUUCAAUAAACUCCCUCGUGCAUUCCCCAAAGUCGGCGCCACGGUCGCUGCACCUCUGGCAGUGAACAAACUCUCAGACGUUCUCCGCCUCGAAGCCGCCAUGGCAGGCUGGGCUGAGGUCUUACCGCUCAUCCUCUGCUCUCACGACGAGAAUUUCGCGUGGUUAAAUCGGAAAGACGACGGUGAAACAGCCAUCCGCCUAGCAAACCCAAAGACUGCCGAGUAUCAAGUCGUGCGGACCACCUUGCUCCCCGGCCUGCUGAAGACGAUCAGGGAGAACAAGCACCACUCCAUACCCAUCAAGAUCUUCGAGGUCAGUGACGUCGCGUUCAAAGAGCCCAGCCUGGAACGCAAAGCACGCAACGAGCGACAUUUCGCCGCGGCAUGGUACGGCAAGACCUCCGGCUUCGAGGUCGUUCACGGCCUUCUCGACAGGGUAAUGACCAUGCUGAAAACUGCAUUCGUCACGCACGAGGAAGGACUGGAAAUGCGCGGCACCGGGAGCAAAAUGGAAUACUGGAUCCAAGAGCUCGAUGAUGCGACGUAUUUCCCAGGUCAUGGGGCUAGUAUUCAUGUUAGGAUUGCGGGCAAGGAUGUGGUGAUUGGGAGUUUCGGCAUCUUGCAUCCGACCGUGCUGGAGAAGUUCGAGUUAAAGUAUCCGGUCAGUACUCUGGAGUUCAAUGUUGAGGUUUUCCUGUGA